UUGCUUUUGCCGGCGACGGAACUCGCCGAACAAAGUCUCCUCCUCCGUAUUUUAUCUCUGAAUUUUGGGGGUUUCUGGUAGAGAGCCUCCGAGAUGAAUCCGGCGAAUUUCCAGCCUCCACAUCCUCCGUUCCAAUGGGCUCCGAUGUUACCCCCGGACCCGCCUCGUUGUGGUGUGUUUUGGAAUACAAAGAACAUAACCGAUCAGCUUAAACAACUCCAAGAUACGCUUAACCUGGCUAAAUCAAUGGAGAAGGAACUAGAAGCGUUGAGGAUGAUCAAAGAUGCCAAAGGUUCAACGGAAGUUGUAGAACAAGGUUCAGGAGUAGAGUGUGUAAGAUAUCUAGAAGGUAUGAAGAUGGAUUUGGGACAGCAAGAGAUGCUUUCAGUGGAAGCUGCUAACUCCUUGAUGUCUACCUUAAGAGCACAGCUUGAGCCUUUUAGAUUUGUUGUUGAUGAGAAUACUCCAUGGGAAGAGAAAUCUGCAGCAGUUAGAUUGACUUGCAAAUUGAAGAAAUCGCAAAGGAACAAACUGUGGAAGAAACGAAAGAGACGGUGUGUUGCAGAAAUGCGUGCUAAGGAGCCUGAAAGAUUUGAACAAGCUGUUCGAGAGGCAGAUGAAUGGAGGGAAAAGGAGAUGGCCAAAGACAUGGCAAAUAGAAAGGUCGACGAGAUGAAGGCAAUUGAGAAGGUCAAGGCAAGACGAGAGCGCAGGAGACUAGAACCCGAGCUUGAACUGGCUCUAAUUGUUGAGGAAAUGCAAGAGUUACGUUCCCUAAGAAUUGAAAAACUAAAGAAGCAAGGGCAUUUCCUUCCCGAAGAAGAUGACAAGUUUUUCGAGAGUGUUCGUGCUGCGGUGGAGCAAGAGGAAAACCAAGUUCAGUCCCUAACCAACACAGAGACCGAAGAGAAUGUCAUUGCCUCUGAGGAGGACACUACUCUCAAUACCAGCAACAAAAUCAGCAAAGACACAACAGAUAAAGAAAGCAAUACAGUGGCAGCUACUUGUGAAAAGACAAUUGAAGCUCUUGGAAAUGGUUGCGACAAUAUUUCGAAUUUACCAGUCGAGUUCUAUCACUACUACUACGGAAGCAAUUUUGACAUGGGAAGACUUAUUGAGAUCAGAAGAGAAUGGGACUCAUAUCUGAGUCAUGGAGGAAGCCGGAUUCCUGGACACUGGGUUCAGCCGUCGCCACCAGCUAAUGAAAUUUGGGCUUCAUGUCUUGUUAAUAGUCCCAAAAGAGAUCUUAGUUAGUCGCUGUGCGGAUAAUUAAGAUACUUGUCUCGACCAACAUCACUAAGAUAGGGUCCAUGGCUCCUCAGUAUCUCCAGCGUCAGAUUAUGUUUUUUCCGACUCAGACGACGGCGAGAGAGUAAGAGCACGUGCAUCCGCUCACAUUGCUCUACCAUCAUUGCUCAUGAGUCGGGUGUGUGUGACCAAACAUUUUAAAUGUGAUAUUUGUCGAGAGAAUGUUUUACUGUAGGUUGUGGAUAAAUUAACUCAUAUACGGGGGAAGUGACAUUCUCCCGUCAGUGUCCCGUUUAAUCUAACUAAAUUCUAAAAGGAAUAACAAGAGAAAAGGUUUUGUCGUCUCA